GCUCGGCCUGAGAGGCGGAGCCCGGGCCAGGCAGCCUGUCACCCUAUUUCUGCGCUGGACGACCGCCGCCACCUCUUCGGACCGCGAAGAACCUCGCUAGAGCGCUGUGCGUCUCCCCAGCGCAAGCCCAGGAGCCCGCUUUCCUGAGUAAGAGUCCGUCGGCCGCAGUAUCUGCAACAUGGCUGAUAAUUUGGAUGAAUUUAUUGAAGAGCGAAAAGCCAAACUGGCCAGAGACAAAGCAGAAUUGGAAAGUGAUCCACCUUACAUGGAAAUGAAGGGAACAGCAUCAGAGAAGCUUUCUGAAAACAGUAAAAUAUUAAUCUCCAUGGCUAAGGAAAACAUACCACCAAACAGUCAACAGACCAAGGGUUCCUUAGGAAUUGAUUAUGGAUUAAGUUUACCACUUGGGGAAGACUAUGAACGGAAGAAACAUAAACUGAAAGAAGAAUUACGGCAAGAUUACAGACGCUAUCUUACUCAGAAAAAUUUUCUAUCCACGAGUGAAACAGAUCCAUCUACUCUGGGAGUUUCUCUUCCUAUUGGUGAGAGGUUAUCUGCCAAGGAAAGGUUGAAACUUGAACGCAACAAAGAAUACAAUCAAUUUCUCAGGGAUAAGGAAGAAUCCACGGAGAAGUUCAGACAGGUAGAAAAGAGUACUGAGCACAAGAAUCAAAGAAGUAAAAAGCCUAUUAGUCAGGUUAAACCUGAUUUACCUUCACAAAUUCAGUCAUCUUGGGAAAAUUCAGAGGGUCCUAGGAAAGAUGUCUUAACUCCUUCAGAGGCAUAUGAAGAGCUUCUAAACCAAAGACGACUAGAAGAGGACAGAUACCGAAAACUAGAUGAUGAAAUUGAAUUAAGGAAUAAUAGAAGAGUCAUUAAAAAAACUAAUGAAGAAGUGGGCAUUUCCAAUAAAAAACAUCAGAGGUUUGUCAGCAAGACUGACAUUCCAGAUAGAAGAUUUCACAGGUUUAAUGAGGAUCCUGCUUUUGAUAAACAGUAUUAUAGACCAGGCCAACAUCCUGAAGUAAGUGAAGAAAUGGACGAGAGGUUUAGAUAUGAAAGUGAUUUUGAUAGAAGACUUUUGAGAGUGUAUACAAAUGACAGGAUGUACGGGAACAGAAGAGGGAAUGUGCCUCCUAUGGAGUAUGGUGGUGAUGUCACAGAAAAGUCAAACAUACGAAUUUCAUCUGCUGGAAAUCAAAGUGCUCGAGACAAUGAACCAUCCAAACCUACUAAUCGAGAGAUGUGUAGUCCUUUUGUGGGGAUGCUCUUUGGAGGUGAAGAUCGAGAACUUAUUCAGAGAAGGAAAGAGAAAUAUAGACAAGAACUAUUGGAACAAAUGGCUGAACAACAGAAGAACAAGAGACGAGAAAAAGAUUUGGAUCUCAGGGUUGCAGCUUCUGGAGCACAAGACCCUGAGAAAUCGCCUGAUAGACUAAAGCAGUUUAGUGUGACACCAAGACACCUCGAAGAGGCAAUACCACCUGAAAGACCCAGAGUAGCUUUCCAGACACCUCUCCCUCCUUCGUCUGCCCCCUCUGUCCCACCCAUGCCAUCAGUUUACUCCUUCCCAUCUCAAAAUGAAGACUUGCACAAUGGACUCAGCAGCACCCUUGGUGAAAUGGUGCCUCCCAGCAUUGCACCUCUGCCUCCACCUCCCCUACUACCACCUUUGGCUGCCAACUAUCGAACUCCUUACGAUGAUGCGUACUAUUUUUAUGGGGCCAGGAAUACAUUGGAUCCUAGUCUUGCUUACUAUGGUUCAGGAAUGAUGGGAGUACAGCCUGCAGCUUAUGUUACAGCUCCUGUCACCCACCAGCCAGCACAGCCUAUUGUGAGUACGGUUGGACAGAAUGAACUGAAAAUUACAAGUGAUCGAGCAAUAAAUUCAGGAUUGUUUUUUGAAGGUAAACUAAAGCCUUCAAAACAGUCACUUCAGUCUUACCAAGAAGCUUUGCAACAGCAGAUUCGAGAAAGAGAAGAAAGAAGAAAGAAAGAACGUGAAGAAAAAAAAGAAUAUGAAGCUAAAUUAGAAGCUGAAAGGAGAAGUUAUAACCCCUGGGGGAAAGGUGGAGGUGGUGCUCCUCUGAGAGAUGCAAAAGGAAAUCUGAUAACUGAUUUGAAUAGGAUGCACAGACAAAAUAUAGAUGCCUACCAUAACCCAGAUGCAAGAACAUAUGAAGAUAAAAGGGCUGUUGUAUCUCUAGACCAAAAUUUAGCCACUUCAAAUGCUGAGAACCUAGAAGAUUCUGCAAAUAAAAACUCAGGUCAUAUGCAAACACAGAGCUCUCCUUUUGCUCGGGGAAAUAUUUUUGGUGAGCCUCCAACUGAACUUCAGAUUAAACAGCAGGAAUUAUACAAGAAUUUUCUUCGUUUUCAGAUUGAGGAAAAGAAGCAAAGAGAAGAAGCAGAGCGAGAGAGAUUGAGAAUUGCCGAAGAAAAAGAAGAGAGACGGCUUGCAGAACAGAGAGCACGAAUUCAGCAAGAGUAUGAAGAGGAACAGGAAAAGAAAAGGGAGAAAGAGGAAGAGCAAAGGCUGAAAAAUGAAGAGCUUAUUCGGUUAGCUGAAGAAAGACGAAAAGAAGCAGAAAGAAAGAAGAAAGAAGAGGAAGAAAAACAUAACCUACAACUUCAGCACUACUAUGAAAGAGAAAAUAUAAUUGGCGAAGAAACAAAGCACUUGAGACAGCCUUCUCCUGUAGUUCCUGCUCUUCAGAACAAGAUUGCAAGCAAACUCCAAAGACCUCCUUCAGUUGACAGCAUUAUAACUUCCUUUAUUCAAGAAAGUUCCAUGUCCAGGGCACAGUCUCCUCCGGUACCUGCCAGGAAAAAUCAGCUUCGUGCAGAAGAGGAGAAAAAAAAUGUAAUUAUGGAAUUAUCAGAAAUGAGAAAGCAGCUUCGUAGUGAAGAGCGGCGUCUGCAAGGGCGGUUGCUGCACAUGGACAGUGAAGAUGAAGUUCAUAUAAGGAAAAGAGAAAGGAAUCCCAUGGAUGUAUUUGACAUGGCCAGACAUCGGUUACAGGCUCCAGUCAGAAGACAGUCACCUAAGGGCCUAGACACUACUACUUUUCAGAAUAUUCAUGACUUUAAUGAGCUGAAAGAUAGGGAUUCAGAAACACGAGUUGAUUUGAAAUUUAUGUACCCGGACCCUCCAAGAGAUUAUCAUACCUUAGAGAUUCAGCAGCAAGCCUUGCUAAGAGAGCAGCAGAAGAGACUGAAUAGAAUAAAAAUGCAGGAAGGUGCUGAAGUUGACUUGGAUGCUGUCCCAAGCACUAAAGAACGAGACCACAGAAUGCCCAGAGAUGACACGUACGAUUUCUUGAAACAUUCAUUGCUGGAAUCUGAUAGCGCUUUUAUUGGUGCGUACGGCGAGACGUAUCCUGCCAUCGAGGAUGAUGCCCUCCCGCUGCCAUCACAGCUGCCCUCUGCGAGGGAGCGCAGGAGGAACAAACUGAAAGGACUCGACUUUGAUAACAGUCAUCCUAACGUAUCACCUGAUGGUCUCUCUUUAAAAUCUGUAUCCAGUGUAAAUAUCGAUCAACUUAGAAUGAGAAACGAGGAACGAAUGCGAAAACUGAAUGAACUUCAGAAUAAGCCUGUUAAUACAGAUGAUGAGAGUUCACUGGUUGACCCUGAUGACAUCAUGAAGCACGUGGGUGACGACGGAUCGAACUCUGUAGCAACUGAGCCCUGGCUCCGCCCGGGCACCUCAGAAACGCUGAAACGAUUCAUGGCAGAGCAGCUGAGGCAGGAGCAGGUUCCUGUAAAACCAGGCACUUCCACUUGGCAGGGCCUGUCUACUGCACACGGUUGAAAUCAAUCUGUGCUGGACCCAGUGGUGCCUUUGAAGGUGAAAGGAAUGUGAAAUCUGAACCGUAAUGCUAUGUGCUACUUUUGGCCCAUACUUGGCAGUUAUUUAUGUUCCAUCUGUAUAUAAGGUGUACUUUUUUCCAUGAUGAUGUAUAUGAUGUAUAGUAUGGUACAUAAAUAAAAGGACAUGAUUAUUAAUUUAUAUAAUGUAGAAUUGUAUAGAGUUACUUUUGCACAAAUUUUGCCAUAAAUCAGGAUGGUAAUGAGCUCUUGGAAUCAACUACCGUAUGUGCAUUAUUUAAAAUUCUGCUUGUCAAUAAGAUACGGUGAAUAAAACACAAGUGUCUUAACAGUACUGUAAAACCAGAAUACUUUGUCAUAUGUACAUUUGCUAUUGUUAUCACUAUUCAGAAUAAUUUUUCAUUUCGUAAAUAUACUGGUUAUAGCUGUUGCUAUGUAAUCAGAGAAUCAAAUGUGCUUAUUUCCGUGUCGUUUAUUGACUACUGAUUCAGUAUAAAUGAUGGGAGUUGUUAAUGAUUAUAUUCCCGUGAGCCAUGCUCUUAAGUGUCACUUCUUUCUGCCUCUAUUUUUGUGCCAGUGAAGGCAUUACGUUUGCUAUUUAUAUGAU